UGCAACAGUGAGCUGCGAGAGGAAUUAACUGUUACUUGUAAUCCACGUUGCUCGAAUCUCAGUCUUUCAUACAGGUUUGAGACCGAAGGAAAUUGAGCACGAUGGAGAGCAGAAGUGUCAUAGGAAGAACUCGUGCCAGGGGUCGAGCGAGGGGACCGGCUAUAGAAGCCAAACCACCAGAAGCUUUGACAAGGACAAGAACUUCUGGCAGGGGUCGUACUACAUCAUUUGACAUGACAGCUGUAGCCAAGUCAUUACCAACAGUUCCAGUUCCAGUCCAGAAAGCACAAGCAGCCCCCAAACGGAAUGUUCAAAGGCAAACACGAGUUGUGGAGGACAGCAUAAUAACAAGACCGGAAUGGUUGUCUAGUAAAAAGGGAAAGUCUGGAACCACAAUCCGGAUGAAUACAAAUUACUUCAAACUGACGUCAAUAACCGACUUUAUGUUGUACCAGUACCGUGUUGACUUUGCACCAGAAGAGGAAACUACAGCUGCAAAAAUACAGCUGUUGAAAAUCCAUAAGGAAGCUCUGGGAGGAUACAUUUUUGAUGGAAGUGUAAUGUUCACAGCAAAGAAGCUAGAUAAGGAUAUAGUGGAGUUGUUCUCCUCGAGAGAAACUGAUGGUACUAAAAUGAGAAUAACAGUUAGGCUUGUUGGUGUAUUAUCUACUGGAGAUCCACAGUACCUCCAGGUUUUCAAUAUCUUGGUGCGCUGGUGCCUGCAAGGAUUGAACCUACAGUUGGUUGGCCGUCACUACUUUGAUGCCCAGUCAAGUGUGCCUAUUAGGAAUUACUCUCUUGAGCUCUGGCCUGGAUACAUAACGUCAAUCCGACAGCACGAAGAUGAAAUACUCAUGUGUACAGAAAUUACUCACAAAGUCAUGCGCAUGGAAACUGUACACGACAUUCUUAAAAGAGUAGUACAAAACAAUCCCCAAAAUUUCAAGGAGGAGUUUAAGAAGAAGGUGAUAGGAUCAAUUGUUUUAACAGACUACUCAAACAAAACAUACAGAGUGGAUGAUGUUGAUUUUACUGUCUCACCAAGAAAUACCUUCACAAGACCAUCUGGAGAAACUUGUUAUAUGGAUUAUUAUAAAAAUGCUUAUGGGAUAAUCAUAAAAGACCAACAACAACCACUACUUGUCUCUCAACCAAAACAAAGGGACCGGAGGAGAGGAAUUAACAACCUGAUUUAUCUGAUUCCUGAAUUGUGCCGCACAACAGGUAUCACUGAUGAAAUGAGGUCAAAUUUCAGCCUCAUGCGAGCAUUAGCUGAACAUACCCGCCUCGGACCAGCUACUCGCCAGGAAAGGCUACGUAAAUUUCAAGACCGUUUAAGAACAAAUCCACAGGUACAGAAAGAUCUGAAGCAGUGGAACAUGUCGCUCAGUGAUGAGCUGGUGACAGUACCAGCGAGGGUUUUGGAUCCUGAAAAAAUAUAUUUGCAGAAGGCACAAUGCACUGUUGGACAAAAAAAUGAUUGGACUCAGGAAGUAAAAUCUAGAGGUCUUCUAAGUGCUCCUGUACUCAAGAAAUGGGGAAUUCUGUGCCCAAAUUCACAGUUACGAGCUUGUAAGGAAUUUCAAUUCACUCUUCAGAAAGCUGCUGCAGCCAUUGAUUUUAAAAUUGAAGAUGGUGUAAUGUAUUCAGUUCAAGAAGAACAAGGGAUUGCGGGCUACAUCCAAGCUUUGGACCAUUUGUUGUCAUCUUUUACUCCUCAAAUAAUAUUAAUAAUCUUGCAAAACAAACGAGCUGAUAGAUACAAUGCAUUGAAACGAAGAUGCUGUGUGGAUAGAGCUGUUGCUACACAGGUUGUUCUCCUGAAAAACACAAGGGGAAAAAACAUUUUUUCUGUUGCCUCAAAAAUAGUAAUUCAAAUGUGUUGUAAAAUUGGAGGAGCUCCUUGGAGUGUAGAAAUACCACUAAGUGGUCUAAUGGUUGUUGGCUUUGAUGUUUACCAUGACACAGCAAGUCGUGGAGUCUCCAUUGGUGCUCUUGUAGCAUCCAUGAACAAGGCUCUGAGUAGAUACUUCUCUGCUGUGAGCUACCAACAUUCUGGUGAAGAGCUAUCUAAUGAACUGAGUAUUAAUAUGUGCAAGGCUCUUCAAAAAUUUCAAACAAUGAAUGGCUCCUUGCCAGAAAGAAUAAUAAUUUAUAGGGAUGGUGUGGGGGAAGGUCAGAUCCCCUUCGUCAUGGAACAUGAAGUUGAACUAUUAAAGGGACGUUUGAAGGAAAUAUAUGGGGGUCGUACUGCUAAAAUGACUUUCAUAAUUGUUACAAAAAGGAUAAAUUCAAGAGUAUUCCAUGAUAAACAGAAUCCUCCACCUGGGACCAUUGUGGAUGAUGUAAUAACACUUGCUCAGAGAUACGACUUCUUUCUUGUAUCACAAUCAGUGCGCCAAGGGACAGUGAGUCCAACAUCUUACAAUAUUAUUUAUGACCACCUUGGCUUGGAUCCGGAUAAAAUACAGCGUCUCACAUAUAAAUUGACUCACAUGUACUUCAACUGGAGUGGCACAGUGAGAGUACCGGCACCAGUUCAAUAUGCUCACAAGUUGGCAUUUUUGGUAGGACAAUCUCUCCACACUCGACCAAGCAAUGCAUUAGAGGAUUUUCUGUAUUUCCUGUAGAGAAUUUGGUAUUUUGAUGGGAAUCUUGAUAGUGAGUAUGACUGCUGAUGAAACAUGAUGAUUCUAUUAUCAUGUACCUACUAAUAACAGGAGUAGUUUUUCCUUCUUAAAGGCAAAAAAUUAGAGUUAGCAACAAAUCAUAUAUAAUUGUUUUUGAGGUGCAGUGCUGAAAAUGGUGCUUCUGGUACAAGCUUUCAUUGUUUCCUUCAUCAGUUGUAAAGGAUACAUCAUUAAAAGUAAACUUUGUCAAGGAAGUGAAAUUCACAAAUCACUGUUAUUCUGUAACAGUUCAUAUACAACAUGUGUAAGUAAUAGUGUGUUCUUAAAUAUGUAAUUCUAAUGAACAUAGUGCAGAACUGAAACCAACUGAUUAUGUGUAUUUUAUUUUUCAUUCUCUCUCUUAAUAUGCAGAGAAUACUACUACUAAUAAUAAUAUAUAUUAAAAUACUUUGGUUUCAGUUGUUUAAGAAAUUGUGUGAGUUUAUCAUUUCUUGCAGUAUCUGUCUCACAACUUUUGUAUAUUUUGUUAAGAACGUUUUUAUGCAAUCUGUGUGGAAAUUAUGUAUUAUUGUGGCAAGGAAAAAACUGAUUCAGUAUCUGUAAAUUAAUGAAUGAAUAAAUUACAUAGAUACUGAAUUAGUAAUUCCUCUGGUUUUAUACAAUGUUUGUUGUUUCUUGUAAUGACACCAAUGGUUAUGUAAGGAAAGUUAACUAAUGCCACAAAUGUGUGACUCUUUAAUUCAUUGAAAUUAUUAAAUCUGAUUUGGUUGUUGUAAUGAAGUACUACAGUAAUUAAUAAUAACAAAACUUGUAAUAUGUUUGUUUU